AUGGCGUUGCCGGUCAUUAAAGCAAUCGAGGAUUGUUCAAACAUCACGAAAACAGUCUGGCCAUAUCUGCCACAAUUGUACGAUUUACCUCAGCAAGUACUUCAAUCAUAUUCAAAUCCUACCGAGCUUCGAAAUCUUUAUCUGGCUACGAAUCCACUCAUAAGUGCCUUCGCAUUCUCGUUGUUUUUAACGCCUGUAUUUCUAUUGGUUUCGGAGGUCAACAAAAACUAUUCUCAAGUCGACAGAUGCUGGAGUAUCUUGCCUACCAUAUAUAAUGCUCACUUUGCCAUCUAUGCACACCUUUCUGGUCUACCAACAGGGCGACUAGACAAUAUCCUCGCUUUUAGUACAAUAUGGAGUUUACGCUUGACAUAUAAUUACUGGAGAAAGGGUGGCUAUAGCAUUGGAUCCGAAGAUUAUCGCUGGGAGAUUGUCCGACGAAACUUUCCUCCAGCACUCUUCUUCGUCUUCAAUAUCGUCUUCAUAUCAUUGGCACAAAGCAUUCUGCUUUUUCUAGUUGCAACGCCAUCAUAUGUUAUGCUCUUAGCUGCACGAUAUGGAGUACCGUGGACGACUGCAGAUUUGAUAUUCUCGAGAGGUCUUAUCACUCUUGUUGUGUUUGAGUAUUUUGCAGAUGGACAACAGUGGAACUAUCAAACCGCGAAGCAACAAUACUUGAAGACCGCCAAGGUACAAGGAGGAUUCGAUCAAGAGUCGCUCGACCGCGGCUUUGUGACCUCUGGUCUCUGGUCCUUCAGCAGACACCCAAAUUUCGCCGCUGAACAGACUAUAUGGGUAGUACUCUAUAUGUGGGGCUGCUGGACUAGUGAAGUAUUAUUCAACUGGACAUUUGCCGGUGCCAUGUCGUACUUGAUUCUUUUCCAGGCCUCAACUUGGUUGACCGAGCUCAUAACUGCAAAGAAAUAUCCAGAUUAUCAGGAAUACCAAGCACGGGUUGGCAAAUUCUUGCCUAACAUCUUUUCUACUGGGCCAAUUUUCACCAAGGUGGAGAAGAAAGCAGCCACAGCCGUCAAAGGCGAUCGAAGAAGGGUAUCAGCCAGCAAAAUUUUAUCCCCCAUCGCUAUCAUCUUAUGGAAGAUUGUACCACAGCCAGCCCUGGAACCUAUAUUAUCUCUUCCAAUCACACCAUUAUACUAUACGCAUAAAAAGCAGUUGGGUCUUGGUAGUGCCACAUCGCCAUGCCAGGACAAACACAAAUUUGAUGUGAGAACACUCAGACAAGACUCACAAAGGUCUGAACUGGAAGGACACAGCCUACCGCCAGACACUCAUGGUAGUCUACAAUCAUCAGUGCCCCCGCCUCCAUAUUGUUUACAAGAUGAAUAUCCUCCCUGUGACCUAGGACACAUCUCGACUACAGAUAACUCGGCAAACGAACAAGUUUUGAAUACCACGAACAUUCAAGAUCGUGAGUUGUGCCCACAAGUUUCUGAAUGGAGAGAAGAUUACAACAUCUUCAAUCUUACACAUAGACCGGGCAAGCAACCUCCUGACUACAAGACUGGCUCUCGAAGGAAUCGCGGACAAUUCAGAUCCGAGAUAUGGGAGGCUCCAGAAAAGAACCUAGAGCUGAGAACAAUACAAAUUUCCAAACCGAGGAGAUACAUCUCCCGCACAUUCCCUGCCGAUUCUUCCACGCAGCCAUAUCUCGACCAAUGCUAUGAUCAGCCAUAUGGAUUCUCUCCAAGGACCGCGCUUCCAGAGGCACAUGAAAAUACAAAAUCAGCCCAAGAUCUAUGCCUCGAACUAGAUCAUCUACAGAAGCAAGUGGCAUAUUUGAAAUCUGCAAUCAUACCAGCCGAGCAAGAAUUCCACUCAUUAGCUGCACGUUUACCAAGAAGCGGCAAGGAUGGUCCACACUUUGAUAUUCCAAUCAUGACUGAAGAAGAACGCAUGAUAUCUCAGAGAAUGCAUUGGUUGCACGAACAACUCGUGAUCAUACGGCAGGAGAUUGCAAGCAAGGAGCGUGCACGUGAGUUCGCCGUUGGAGAACUGGAUAGGGUUAGUGAAUUGAAUGAUCGCCUGUCACAGCCACUUAAGGAUAUGGCCAGAGCGAUGAAUGAAAGGAGUUUAGGGAGGAGAUGGCUACAGGGGGGACUACCAUGGGCUGAUGCUGUGCAUAUCGGGAGUGAUGUGCCGGAUUUUGCUAUGAUUAUGACACAGAGAGAGUUACAAUAG